AUGCCGGUGCUGGUACCAGAUAAGGUCAAUAUGAAUUACGCUAACAUGAUUGAGGAGGCAAGCCUCAAAAAAACUUUCAUUGUAGCGACACUUGUCUCCACGCUCGUUGGAACAUUUGCAGCCUCACACAAUCUUUAUGAGCGAUUAAGCGGAGGGCAGAAGAAAAAGGAUGCGGGCCAGGACGACGAAAUCAAGAAGCUGAAGGGGGAGCUCGAGCAGAUGAAAGGCGCCGGAAAGAAACCAGACGAGCUCGAAAAGAACUUGAACACCUCUGGGCCGAUGAUUAAACAGGAGUAUGAUGUCGGCUAUGACAGGCUCGGUCGGCGGUUCGCCGUCGGCGACAUGAUCACGGAGAACGAGCUGCAAAAGCAGAUUAUUCUGCUCCAGCAAACCGUGAUUGGCGUCCUCGAGGACGCACUUUAUAGCGGGCGACAAAUCGAUCGCGCCGGCGUGGACAAACUCGUGUAUGCCUCAAGAGCAGCGCGAAAUGGGUCCCUGGACGCAUUACAGGGCCAGUAUCAGAGACUCCUGCAGUCUGCACCACCACCAAGAACACCAAAAACCACAGAGGCGGAAGUAAUCGAACUGAGCUCCCGGGGCUCAUCACCCCGGCGUCCCCCUCCCCCGAGAGCCUUGAUGCCACCGCCGAGAUCAAAAACACCAGCGCCCCCGCCGCCACGAUCAUCUUCGAAGAUGAGAAAUGCCAACGACUUCUUCUGCAGGUACAGCAUCGACCUGCAGCGCUCGCCGAAGAUGCCACUGGCACGCUCCUUCGACCCGGGGCGAGAAAGCCGUUGCCCAGCGUGCAAGAUCCGGAUACCGGUUGACUCGGACGACAUGUGGGACGUCGACUUCCCCAUAAAAGGAAAGCUGCCACCGGCCCCGGCGCACCCGCGCGCACCGAGCCCCGGGGUGCAGGGGUCAUCAUCGAAAGGGCCUCCUGACAAGAAAUCAAAGCCGCCGGCAGGAAAUGGGACCGCGUUGUCCCGCGGCCGCAGCAGGACGGGCAAGGAGGUCGUGGCGGUGACGGAGCAGUCGGGCAAGAAGCUCACGUUCCGCGUCCCCGCGAGGUUCGUGGUCAAGUGCCACACGCCGCUGGGGGAGUACGCGUGUGGGCUUUGCGCUGGGCCGCGAGGGGAUUCUGCGGUUGUUGUCUUGUGCGAGACGCCUGAGGGCUUGGUGGAUCAUAUUGCGAAGGAGCAUAAGACUGCUGAUAUUGAGAAGGACGUUGACAUUAUUGCGGAUUCCUGA